AUGACGCUGCACGUCCAGCCCCUCUCGCCCACCAACCCAAACGACGCUCUCUACCUCCCCGCCAUCACACGGAUCCAUCUCGCAGCCUGGCUGACGAUCCCGCUCAUAAGGGCGAUCUACUACGGCGCGCCCGAAGCGUAUCCGGGAUACCUCGACUCGAUGCUGGAGCGGGACACGGAGGCGUUUCGCCACGAGGGGAAUUGUCGCUUCGCCGUGGUGUUGGAUGAUACGUUGCCCGUUGACGAAGAAGUGAAAGCGCUCGAGGUACCGAGAGCGGCGGGAGACGACGUCCAACAACAAGGGACUCGGCGGACGGCGGCGGCGGCGGCGGCGGCGGCGGCAAAGGGAAAAGUCAUUGCCGCCAUCAAGUAUUACUUUAUCGACACUCCCUCAUCAUCUGCCACCACAAUUGACACGGCACCCUCAGAACAAAAUCCCGCUUCUUCUUCCUCCUCAACAGCAACACGAACAUGGGCCCCCUAUUCGCACGCCCGUCUCGCCUCGCAUUUCUGGUCCCAGCUCGUCAACGCGCGGACUCGCCUCACCGCCCUCCUCGGCCCCCACGUCCUCGUGGACAACCUCUACACCGAUCCCGCCCACCACCGUCGCGGCGCAGGUUCGCUACUAAUGCGCCACGCAUGCGAAGAGGCCGACCGGCGCGGGUUGCCGGCCAUGCUUGAAGCGUCGCCCAAGGGGAUCGGGGUUUACGAGUCUGUCGGGUUUCAGAGGUUCGUCCCGGCCGAAGGAGAAGAAGAAAGCGGAGCAGGGGCAGAGAUAUGGGUGGAUCUCCGGCGGUGGGAAAAUGGAGGGGAUAAGGGUGUCGAGUUUUCGGAGCAGAGACUCCAAAGGGAUGGUGGGAGGAGGGGGGAUGGGUGGUAUUGUCAGGUUCUCAUGGUCAGGCCUGCUGGGACUGCAGGUGGUAGCACCAAAAUCGGCCAUCAGAAGGAAGUCGAAGUCGAAGUGGCCGAGAUGGGAAAGGGUGAGGCAGCCGUCAUCUAG